AUGGAUCCUAUUAGGGCUGCUGCUCCUUUGCUAUGGUUUUCCCUGUGCUUUGGGAAUAUUGUGGAGGCAGCGGUACUUGGAUCAUUGCAGCACCCCUCCAGCGCAGAUGAUAACGGGCUUGUUUCACAUCUGGAUGAGCAGAGUCGGCGAAAGCCGACCGUGGUGUCCAGGAAAGAGCCUCGGAUAAAUGAUACUAUCGUCCCCCAUGACUAUAUGGUAUCUCUAUACAGGACACUCUCUGAGAUAGAGAAAAGAGGGCUUAACAGCAGUGUUCCUCGCGCCGCAAGUCACGCCAACACCGUGACCAGUUUCGUGGAUCAAGGAAAAGGUGGGUGAAAGUGAUAUCAGUAGCCUAGACUUAUUAUUACUACUCGAGGUAGACUGUUAACCAUGGUGGUUGUCAUUUAUUCAGAGUUUGAAGGCUAUUCAAGUAGCUGUUUAUACUGCAUUUAAUACGUUAAUUGUGAUUAAUUGGUUAACCUAUAAUCAAUCAGUUAUCCAAAUAUCUAUAGUGCAAAUUGCUGUAUUAUAGCUCAGCCUAUGUGGACUAGUCUGUGUUGGAAAGGAUAUGGUAAAUACGAGACUGUAAAGGAAAUAUGCAACAAGUGAUUUAGGUAUAUUUUGAAAAAUGUCUGUCAUAGGAUUUACUUUUUUUCUCCACAUUAAUUCAUUAAAAUAGCAACUCAUCAUUCAAAAAACAUAAAUUGCAAUAUCUUAAUAAAACUGAUACCCUAACAGCGAAUUUCUUGACAAUUUCCUUCUCCAGCAUUCAUUAUUUAUGAAUGCAUUAAUUUCAAAUGCGCCCCUAUAGGCCUACACAUUCCGACAACAAUGAUUUAUUGAAAAGUCAAAAGUAAUGUAGGUUACAAAUGAAACAUUAUUUGGGAAGGUAUAGUACAUUUGUUUCACAUUUAUAUGGGAAAUACUCUAAAUACUUCCAACUAAAUAUGAAGUCAAAUGUCUCGGAUUUCCAACAUCUGUGAUGUAUAAACCUCACUGGCACCUUGAGCUAAACACUUCGAAAAGGUCUGCUUUCCCCCAAUCCAGGUGUUGCUGAUAAAAAUAUACUUGUAAUUUAAAACUGGUGUUCAAUGAUUGUCACAGAAUAUUUGUUUAAAUAAAUAUACUCUUUCAGUAGGCCUAUUCCAUAAACUUUAAUUGCAAGAAUAAGUCACCAAACUAGCUAUGUCCAAAACACACGUAUCCCUUAACUACAGUAUGUCCAAAACUGUUGUUUUCAAUUGGGCUAUUGUGCAUUUUUGCAUUGUGCAAUUUGUUAAUCAGGACUCGGAAUACAUUUGUAUGCAAUAUAAAUAACAAUGUUUUAGGUUAAUUGAAACCUAUAAAUUAUAACAAUAGCAAUAAUGAAAACUAUAAUAAUAACAACAACAACGAUUAUUACAAUUUUUGUUUGUAGGGACCUGUGGUAAGGAAUUAUUUAUCUACUCCCUCUCAAAACAUGUUAUACUGGGUGUUAAGUUGUGUGUUAAGAAAUGUGUUAUUAUUUUCAUUUACAUAGUCUUUUUGAUUGAUUGAUUCCAAACUUGUUUUAAUUAUCAAACAAAAUUAGGAGAGAAAAGUGCAGGUAAUUAAACAUAAUGUUAAAUUAGAUUCCAGAAAAGGCAUGAAAAUCUUUUCUGUCUUAACGCAAGUUCAUUUAAAUGCAUUAAUAAUACAAGAAGUAUCAUUUUAUAUCCCUGAAGAGUCAUUCCUUGCAUUUUUGUUUCAGAGUCAGCGAUUAGUAUUACAACAAUACUAUCGUUUUUUAUUGAUGUAAUUUAGUUCUGCCAAUUUUUCUGGGGGGGGGGGGGGGGGGGUCAAUGUGCACCUGCGUGCGAGUUUGAAUAUAUUGCAAUGAUUUCCUAUUCACUUGACCCAAUAAAGCUCUGAGUUCACCUCAGGUACAUGUAGACACAGAAGGGAUGAAAAGAAUGCAGCUUCAUCUUUUAUACACUGAGACUACAGAAAUGUCUGGGUUAUGUCAUUGUUUUGUCUAGCAAGCGGAUAUUUGCUAGGAUAGUGCUGCUCCCUUCACCUUUCAUUGUCUGGGUAUUCCACUGAAGCCUGCCUGGCUGGUCUUUCUCACAGGGGGACAACGGGUACAGAUCCUCUGCACUCACCAAAGACUUGUGUGUUCUUUUCCAGCAGGAGCCUCACUGUGCACAAUAACAUUUUAUUUUGAGGUCCCUUCAAUAAUGCAUCGAUGACACGACACCACAAUCUGGCCUUGGAUUCUUAUGCUACCCAUCUGUAUUGGAGAAGAAAGUUCCUUCAUGUUUUACCAUGGAACUGUGGUUUCGUCCUCAGGUUGCACUGUAUCCCAGGACCUCAUGCUUGGGCUGGAUGUCAACAUAAAAACUUUUGAAACAGUCUGUUCCCUCUUAGCAAGCUUUCCCCCCUGCCACAUCUCAUGGAUGCAACUGUGGUAUGGCUGAUAUACUGUGAAUAGCUUUUACGUGCCAAUCUAAAUUCACAGCGGAGAGGAGGACGUGGACUUGACUAAGACAUCAGAGAUGCAUAGAAAUUAUUUAAAGAUUCUACUGUUUGUCUUUCUUUUUCAUGUAUGUGAUACCUCAUCAGGAGGUGAGUGCCAGGUUGCUGUUUGUUUUGUGGAUUACAGCUGUAUGUGCACCCAGCAAGUUAUGAAAUCCAAACAUUAAACUAAACCUACAUUAAAUUCCCAUCACUUUGGUGUGUUCAAAUCUCUAAAAACACCACUCCUCAGAAAUGUACAACCUCUCUAUGAGAAAUAUGGACAGAGGAAGAGAGGGAGGGAGUUGAGGCCACUUCAGUUUACAUUUCUCCAGUGUCUCGCCAAGCCCUCCUCUCACUCAAUCAGUGUAAUUAGUGCAUUCUGCCAAGGGCUUGGGCCUGCCUAGAGGUCAGCCAAGUGCUUUCCUCCUGGCCUGCUCCUGCAGCUUUCGUCAGCUCUGUUGCUUGCAUGUGGACUCAGGCGAUUCAGGCCCAAACAGUAUUCCCACCGAGGGGGACACACACAGACACAUGCUUCAUGGCCGCAUGCUUUCUGUCCACCUUAGAAAGCCACUGCAAUUGACCAAAGGGGAGUUCGUGCCAAACGUUGAAUACUUGUUUACAUAUGGUCACAGACACUCAAAGAGAUUUAAGUCGGCUGACGUCCAGUGCUUGAUUUACGUUUACCACCCUCUUUUUGAGUAACAGUGUUUUAAUAACUGUGCAUGUGUGUUGGUGUGAGAUUCAAAUGACUAGCCUGUAUUUUAUUCCCCUACAGAUCACGCCUCCUGGGGAAGUCGCCAGCGCUAUCUCUUCGACCUCUCCAGCCUGUCCAGGACAGAUGAGCUCGUGGAGGCAGAACUGAGGAUCCUGAGAAAGCCACCGCUGGAUCUCCUUCCUGUGCUGACGUGGGGCGGGAACCUUUAUCGCCUCCUCCUCUACACAUGUUCCUCUGAGGGGAACUCUGGGAGACGGCUGCUGGACUCCAGGAGAGUUGACGUUCUGGACCGCGAGCCUCCCAAAUGGGAUGUCUUUGACGUGUGGGCCAGCGUGAAGGCUCGGCGGAGGAGCCACAGGACAGCAGCAGGCAACGACCUCCUCGUGGCCUGCUUUGACCUGCUGAUCGUUUCGGAGUUGACCAAAGAGGCAGCCAACCCUCUUACAGUAGGGCUGGGACGCCGGUCUCGGCAGCCCCAGGAGAGGGCCUUGCUGGUGGCUUUUUCUCGCACCCGCAGGAAAGAGAACCUGUUCAAGGAGAUCAGGGAGCAGAUGAAGACAGUGCGAAGAGACUUGGGUUUUCUGGACCCUUUGGACCUCUCUGGUGAUGUGGUUGGUCACCUACCCAGGCGACGCCGACGCCGGACUGCCCUCACCAGCCGAUCUAUAGGCGGAGCUGGUGGGGGAGGAGGGGGAGGUGGUGGUGGAGGAGCGGGAGGAGGAAGGGGCGGUGGAGGCGGGGGGCGCAGGAAGACUCGCUGCAGCCGUAGGCCGCUCCACGUCAACUUCAAGGAGUUGGGCUGGGACGACUGGAUCAUCGCACCGCUAGAUUACGAGGCGCACCACUGUGAGGGCGUGUGCGACUUUCCGCUGCGCUCACACCUGGAGCCUACAAAUCACGCCAUCAUUCAGACACUUAUGAAUUCUAUGGACCCUGACUCCAGCCCGCCCAGCUGCUGUGUCCCCUCCAAACUCAGCCCCAUCAGCAUCCUCUACAUUGACUCUGGCAACAAUGUGGUCUACAAGCAGUAUGAGGACAUGGUGGUGGAGAGCUGUGGCUGCAGGUAG